CGUGCACUUCCUUCCCUUCCAGAAGGAGCGUGGUGAAGAUGGCGGCGCCGAACUCAGUGCCGAGUGAUCUUUACAAAUGCGUAUAUUCAUUUCUGCUGGAGAAUAAGUUCACCAAGGCGGCCCAGCAGUUUCUGAAACAGACUAAAGUGACCCCACAAGAUCAAAAUGAGGAGAACCUCGUCGGCAUCUACAACUUCUGGAUGAAGUCUCCUGAGGCCAAGAAACGAAAGGCGCCACCUAACACAGCUGAAGCUACAAAUGGUCCAUCAGCCAAAAAAGCAAAAACCAGUGCGGAGAGCUCCAGUGAAGAGUCGAGCAGCGAGGAUGAAGAAGCAGUUGCAAAACCAGCGCCGACCAAGGCAGUCCCUGCAGCAGCCAAGGUGGUGCCGGCUAAAGCAGCAGCAGCUGCUAAAGCGGCCUCCAGCAGCAGUGAAGACUCCAGUGACUCUGAGGAGGAGAAGGCUCCUGCAAAGGCUCCUGCAAAGGCACCUGUAAAGGCUCCUGUGAAGUCACCUGCUGCUCCUGCUGCAGGACGGAAGAAAGACAGCAGCUCUAGCAGUGAAGAAUCCGACUCUGAGGAUGAGCAGCCCGCCAAAGCAACGACAACAAAACCCAAGGCUGGUGCCGUCACAGCAGCCAAACCAGCUGUUCCUGCUAAAGCCGCUGCUCCGAAGAAGCAGGAGAGCAGCAGUGAAGAUAGUUCCUCAGAUUCUGAAGAUGAAGAACCAGCAAAGAAGGCUCCAGCCAAACCGGCUCCAGUGAAGGCUGCUGCAGCUGCUGCUGAAUCAAGCAGCGAAGACUCGUCAUCUGAAGAUGAGGCUCCGCCCAGCAAAAAACCCAAAGCAGGAGCGUAUAGUGCAGUCCCACCUCCUGCUUCAGUCCAGAAAGCUCCAGCUGCUCCAGCAGCAGCAGCAGCAAGCAAAGCAGAGGACAGCGACUCCUCAGACAGCAGUGAUGAGGAAGAAGAGAAGAAAGUAGCUGCAAAACCUGCACCGGCAAAGACACCUGCUGCCAAACCUGUAACACCCAAACCUGCUGCAAAGAAGCAGGAGUCCAGCUCUGAGAGUUCAGAUUCAAGCUCAGAUGAAGAGGAGGCAAAGAAGCCUGCAGCCAAAGUCACCCCAGCUAAAGCUGCUCCAGUCAAACCUGUGCCAGCUAAAGCUGCACCUGCGAAAGACUCCGAUUCCGACUCUUCAAGUUCAGAGGACGAAGAGGAGGCAAAGAAACCUGCAGUGAAGGUGACUCCAGCUAAGGCUGCUCCAGCUAAACCUGUUGCAGCUAAAGCAACACCUGCUAAAGAAGAUUCGUCAGAGGAAGAUUCCAGCUCAGAAGAGGAGGAAACUGCAAAGAAGCCUGCAGCUAAACCUGCAGCUAAACCUGCAGCUGCCAAGGCUACCCCAGCUAAAAAAGACGAGUCCUCUAGCUCAGAAAGCAGCUCUGAAGAUGAGGCUCCAGCAAAACCUGCUGCUAAAGCUGCAGCCAAACCGACGCCUGCUGCUGCUGCCUCUAAGGCUCCAGCCAAGGCAGCAGAGAGUAGCUCUGAGUCAGAGGACUCUUCUGAGGACGAGAAAGAACCAGCAAAAGCCAAGCCAGCAGCUAAGCCGGCAUCUAAACCUGCUACGCCAGCUUCAAAGCCUGCUACUCCUGCAGCAAAGUCUGCUGCUGCUGCAGAGAGCAGCUCAGACUCCUCCUCUGAGGAUGAGGAAGAACCGGCUAAGGCUAAGCCAACAGCAGCUAAACCAGCAGCUAAGCCCGCUACCCCUGUUGCAAAGCCUGCUGCUGCAGCAGAGAGCAGCUCGGAUUCCGACUCCUCUUCUGAAGACGAAGAACCAGCAGUCAAGGCUAAACCUGCUGCAGCAAAACCAGCUACACCAGCAGCAAAGCCUGCUACUCCUGCUGCAAAGCCUGCUGCUGCAGCAGAGAGCAGCUCGGACUCUGACUCUUCCUCUGAAGACGAAGAACCAGCAGUCAAGGCUAAACCUGCGGCAGCUAAACCGGCUACGCCAGCCUCAAAGCCUGCUACUCCUGCAGCAAAGCCUGCUGCAGCAGCCGAGAGCAGCUCAGAUUCCGACUCCUCUUCUGAAGACGAAGAACCAGCAGUCAAGGCUAAACCUGCAGCAGCUACACCAGCUGCAAAGCCUGCUACUCCUGCAGCAAAGCCUGCAGCAAAGCCUGCUGCAGCAGCCGAGAGCAGCUCAGAUUCCGACUCCUCCUCUGAAGACGAAGAACCAGCAGUCAAGGCAAAGCCUGCAGCAGCUAAACCAGCUACACCAAAGCCUGCUACCCCUGCUGCAAAGCCUGCAGCAGCAGCUGAGAGCAGCUCCGACAGCGACAGCUCAGACUCUGAGGAUGAGGCAGCCAAACCUGCAGUCAAGAAAGCAACCCCUGCUGCUACGCCCACAGCCCCAAAGGCAGCUCCAGCUGCAGCAAAGAAGGCUGAGGAGAGCAGCUCUGACUCCUCAGACAGCUCUGAUUCAGAGACGGAAACAAAGCCAACCCCCGCUAAGCCUGCAGUCGCCAACGGCAAGGCAGCAACACCCAAGGCAGCAUCAACACCCAAGACCCCAGCAAAGCCAGCAGAGUCCUCAUCCAGUGACAGCAGCUCUGAAGAGGAAGAAGAGGCCAGUAAGAAGCCCGUAAAACCUGCUACACCUGCCGCAACACCCAAGACGACCCCAGCAGCUAAAGCUAAAGAGAGCAGCAGCAGCUCCUCAGACAGUUCAUCAGAGGAAGAGGAAGCACCCCGCAAAGCAGCCACAGCACCUUCCACCCCUACAGCAAAUGGUACCAAUGGAAAGAGAAAAAGAGAUGAAGAAUCAGAAAGUGAAGAGGAAGAUGAAGAGACAGACAAAACACCCAAAAACAAGAAAGCAACAACUACACCACAAACGUUUCCUAAAGUCAAUAAGAAGUCUGGCAACGUACCGUUUCGUAGAAUAAGAGAGGAAGAAGUAUCGGUGGAUCCCCGUCUUUCAAACAACUCUUUUGAGGCAAAGUAUGGAGCCGAGGGGGACUGGGGCCAGAAAGCCAACGACGUGCUCAAGUUCACAAAAGGCAAGUCAUUCCGCCACGAGAAGACGAAGAAGAAGAGGGGAAGCUACCGCGGCGGAGCCAUCUCCACCACGGUUAACUCUAUUAAGUUUGACAGUGACUGAGGACCAUCUCGCUCUGGGUCCUCCUACAUGAACUUGACUGUACCUGCUUGAUCAGGACCGAAACUUUGUCUGCUUCCUCCCCCCCCGUAAACAGUCCCUGUAACAUCACUACCCAGCAGCAGCACACUGACAGGAAUGUGAACCGUAGAGCUGAGAGGCCACUGGCGUUCAGUUCGCCGCCUUUAGUUUGUAAUGGAGAUCAUUGGCAUGGUCUCUGAUCUGAAGCAACAGUUAGUGGAGCCGUGGCAGCAGGAGAGAGAUGUUCCCAGCUGUGACUUCAGACUGUUCUGCUUAAGGUUGACAUCCAUGUGACGUUAUUACCCCUUAUAGCCACUAGGUGGCUGCAGGCCACCUGUUAAUGGUACAAAGCCAUUGUGUUGUUGGGUCCCUUAUUUGCUCUUUCUGACUUUAACCUACUUUAUUCUCAAAUGACUGUCUUGUCAUUUUCAUUUAUUCGUGUAUGACUGACGGCCAUCCAUCCCCAACAGGUUCUUUAUAAAGGCUGAUUGAUUUUUUUAAUAAUCACAUGGAUACUUUAAGUUUCUUCGGUUGUUUGUCAAUUUUUAUUUGGCCACAUUUAAAAGUGGACGGGGUGUGCGCUCGGGGUUUUCCUCUUUACAUUAUAUAAACAUUCAGCGAGUAAAACUGAGUUUUAUACUGUGUAUUUAUUAAGUUUUAUUCCAUUUCAAUGUUUAGAACCUCAGAUGGUGUUUUCAAUGUUAUUCUCAAGCCAUUUUGCUUCGAAAGCAGUUUGUUAGGAUACCCAUGUGAAACCCUAAUCUGCUCAUCAGUGGUAUGGAACUUAUUAUUUACCAAGUUAACAAAGAGCCAUGCUUUUUUCAAUUUAAACUUGCUGUAUCAACUUUUGUGAGCCUCUGUUCUUUUUUUAAUAAUAAAUUCUUGUAGCUGUAGUCCUAAACAAUUAAAUGUUGGUGCGAUUAAAAUCACAACUUUGAGGCUG